AUGUCUCCAAAAACAGAAAAAAGCCAUAGCAGAAGCGAGAGAUACCUUUACUAUGAUGUCUCUGAUGAGGAGGACCAUUCUCCUUUGCUGUCCUGUUCUCCAGCCCCCUCAGCUGGGAGUGAAGGAUGUGUAGUGGCAGAAAAAUUUCUCCUUACUGACUCCAGGGAGUCACAGAGUAAAAGGCAAAAAGGGAGGCGAAGAUCACAAGUCAAGAAUGAAGUAACAAUCAUAAAACAAAAGAAGAAUCGCCGGGUAAAAGCUAAUGAUAGAGAAAGGAACCGCAUGCACAACCUCAACUCAGCCUUGGAUGCCUUGAGGAGUGUUCUACCUGCCUUUCCAGAUGAUGCCAAGCUGACCAAGAUUGAAACCCUGAGGUUUGCUCAUAAUUAUAUCUGGGCUUUGUCUGAGACUUUGCAGAUGGCUGACCAUAACCUAUUUAACAUGGCACAACAGGGUAUGACAGACUCAUUUGAAAAAUUAUCUAAAACAUGCUUAAUGGUGGAUCUUAAUAGCCCAAAUAGUAGCUGUAGUUCUUCAAGUGACUGGGACUCUCUCUAUUCUUCAGGGUCACAGAGCAGCAAACAUAGCCCCAAAGACAUGGAUGAUUUUAUUUCUCAAUCCAGUUCUUGCUUGACAUACACGGAUUCUUUUUCAAAAUUCAUAUGA